AUGGUACAAGACUACCAUUUACAACUUUUACAUGCUGGUACUCAAGUUCUUUUGACCAAUAUUCGUCAACAAUUUUGGAUAAUAAAAGGAAGAAAACAGUACAAAGAUUCGAAGUGCGUUCGGUGCAAGAGACACUCGGCGAAAGCUCCUGAUACAGUGCCUUGUCCUCUCCCAGAAGAUCGAGUCAGAGAUGCUUAUGCAUUUGAGGUGACAGGUGUUGAUGUAGCAGGACCACUUUAUUUAAAAGAAAAUAGAAAAGCUUGGAUCUUGCUUUUUACAUGUGGAGUUUAUCGUGCGGUUCAUUUAGAAUUAAUUGAAAGCUUAUUGACUAAUGGAUUCUUCCUCGGAUUUCGAAGAUUCAUAGCACGAAGAGGACGGCCUAGAGUAGUAUAG